AUGGAGGACUUGUUAAGUGAAGAAGAAGAAGACUGGAACUAUGACUCUUCAGAUGAGGACUACAGCUAUGGAGAAGAUUCAGAUGGAGAGUUAGUGAAGAUGAAGAGUAGAUUUCCAAGAUUUAAGACAGAUACAGAGGUGCCUAAAUUUGCAUUAUCCAUGGUCUUUAGAAGCAAGAACCAGUUGUGCAAAGCAUUGAAGAGGUAUGGGUUAGUGACAAAGAGAAGCAUCAAGUUUGUUAAGUCAGAAAGUGACAGAGUGAGGGCCAAGUGUGGUUGGGAAAAUUGCCCAUGGCUUCUAUAUGCAGCAAAAAGGUCUAGGACAUCUAGAUUUCAGAUAAUUACACUGAAUGAUGAACAUCAUUGUGCUCAGAACAGAUGCAAUAAGCUUGUAACUGCAAAGGUCAUUGCUCAAAGGUAUGAGCACUUCAUCCUAGCAAACCCAAUGUGGAAGAUAGAGAGCAUGAAGGCCACAGUUGUGCAUGACAUGUUUGCUGAUGUGUCCACUUCCAAGUGCAAGCAUGCCAAGGCAAUAGUGAUGGACAGAUUGAUGGCUGGCAUGAAAAAUGAAUAUACCAGGGUCUUUGAUUACCAGUUAGAGCUGCUGAGGAGUAACCCUGGAAGCACAGUUGCAGUUUGUUUGGAUCCAACAGAUAUGGAGCAAAAUAUUUUUCAAAGCUUCUAUGUUUGCUUCAAUGCAAUGAAAGAAGGCUUCAAGGCAGGCUGCAGGAAAGUAAUAGGCCUUGAUGGGUGUUUUUUCAAAGGGGCAGUCAAGGGUGAGCUCCUAUGUGCUAUUGGAAGAGAUGCCAACAAUCAGAUGUACCCAUUGGCUUGGGCAGUUGUUGAGCAAGAAACAAAUGCUACUUGGAAGUGGUUCAUUGGCCUGUUAAUAAAGGAUUUGGACAUCAACAACAAUGGAGCUGGCUGGGUUUUUAUCUCUGAUCAACAGAAAGGACUAAUUAAUGCUAUGAAAGAUUUUCUUCCAGAUGCUGAGCAUAGAAUGUGUGCCAGGCACAUCUAUGCAAACUGGAGGAAGAAGCACAGAGAUCAUGAGUGGCAGAAGAAAUUUUGGGCAGUUGCAAAAGCUUCAAACAAGCAAGAUUUCAAUUACUACAAGGCAAAGCUUGCCCAAGAAACACCUGAUGGGGUCAAGGAUAUGAUGAAGACAGAGCCAGUACAUUGGGCCAGAGCAUUUUUUCCAGAGGGUUCCAAUUGUGAAUCUGUUGACAAUAACCUCUGUGAGUCAUUCAACCAUGCUAUAGUUGAUGCAAGGUUUUAUCCAGUUAUCUCCAUGUUGGAGAAAAUAAGGAAGAAGAACUUUGUGAGAAUUCAAGAGCAAAGAGAAAAAGGGGAGAAGAUGACAGGAAAAAUAUGCCCUGGUAUAUUUAAGAAGCUCAAGAAAUUCAUUGCAAGGACACAAUGGCUGGAGGUCUUGUGGAAUGGAGAAGCUGGCUUUGAAGUAAAGCAUAUCAAUGGUAGAGGAAGGCAGUACACAGUUAAUCUUGACAAUAGGACAUGCUCCUGUGGAUAUUUCCAGCUGGCAGGUCUUCCAUGCCAUCAUGCCAUAUGUGCAAUUUACAAGUGCAAGAAGGAAAUAGAUGAUUACAUGCAUCCAUGCUACUCUGUUGAUGUUUUCAACAAAAUUUAUGCACACUGUCUACAACCAGUGGAAGGUGAGGAAUUGUGGCCUAUCUCUACAAAGCCCAGGCCUCAAGCUCCUGGCUAUGUCAGAAUGCCAGGAAGGCCAAAGAAAAAUGACAGGACAAGGGAAGAACAUGAGAAGCCCAAGGGAAAGAAGAUGAGCAAACAUGGAACUGUCAUCACAUGUUCCAUAUGUGGCAAAAAAGGACAUAACAAGUCUGGAUGUGGUGGUAAUCCAGAAAGAGGCAAGAAAAAGAAUGCACAUCUAACUAAGACAAGCAAGAAAAAUACUCAUCAGGUUUUCACCCAUGUGUCUGUCAAAUAUUGCAGCAACCUGGAUGCAGUAGCAGUCAACCAUCAAGUCAGCCACAACCUGGAGUAUCUGCCCAACCUGGAGGUACAUCUGCACAACCUGGAGGUAGAGCUGCACAACCUGGAGGUACAACUGCACAACCUGGAGGUAGAGCUGCACAACCUGGAGGUAGAGCUGCACAACCUGGAGGUAGAGGUGCUUCAGGUUUCAAACCACCAAGGAGAACAUCUGCAGAUGCUGGACCAUCAGCUCAAGCUGGUAGAGAUGGAGGAACUAGAGCAAAGAGGGGUAGAAGGGCACCUGCCUCCUCUCAUCCAAGUUACUCAUUCUUCACUUGCUCUGGAAACUACUAGUCAAGCUCAAGCUCCUACUUACUGCUUUUGA